GGCCAUCUCUCUCCCUCCCAAAAUAACUAGCCGUUGCAAAACCCCUUUUGACUUCCUCCCAUCUUCUCCAAUCUCUGAGAAAACAAAAAGAAACCGUUGGCAAUGGGGAGGCUGAGGGCCAAGCAAGACUACGAAAGCCUCCGAAAUGCUCAAAUCGCUCGAAACAAGGCUAUACUAGAAUCUCAUGGGCUCAGCCAGAAUGCUAGAGAAAUUCCCGCUAUUGUUUCUUCUUCGAAAUCGAUUAGCAGAGUUAAACGACCCACCUCAGGUUUGGGGUCUCCGAUUCGUCGCUCGGGUCGAUUGGGGGGGAAAUCUUCAGACCCUUUGGAGGAUAUGAGAGAUCAUUCUGAAGUUGGGGAGAAAAGAUUAUCUUUAGAUGGCUUCAAAAGUGAAGAAGAGGCAAAAAUAUUUGAAAACAAGGCUGGAAGGCAAACAGAAAACUCCAAAGAGCUUAUUGUUACUAAAUCCAGAAAAAGAGCUAAGGAAUUGAAGCCAGACUUAGCAACUCCACUUCGCCGGUCUCAUCGUUUGAAUGGGAACAAUGAAAUCUCUGAUUCCUCACCUCCUGAAGAUCUUUCAGAAGUAGUCCAGGCAAGAUCUACAGAUUCUUGUAGAAGUGCUGGUGAUGCAAAAACUUGUGAAGAUUCUGCAAUUUCUGAUUAUGAAAGCAUCCGAAAUGCCCGAAUCUCUGCAAACAUGGCUAAAAUGGCAUCUCUCGGGCUUGACCGUGGCCUUAAAGAGCUUCAAAACAUCAUUUUAUCCUCUGCUAAAACUUAUAAGAAGACCAAGAAACCGAAGAUGGAUCUAGGAACUCCACGUCGGAGGUCAGAUCGUUUGAAGGGAAAGCCUGCAGAUUCUAAUGCCUCAUCUCCCGAAGAUUUAUAUCUUGAAAGAAGUGAACGUUCAUUAAGCGUGAAGAGGAGACUGAGACUAUUUUCUAAUUUAGAGAGAUGCAGAAGUAAAGAAAGGGGAAGUAUCUAUGAUCCUGUUUUGGGAAUUUGUUGUCAUUUUUGCAGGCAGAAAAAAUUGUGCGGAGAAGAAGACUGUAAACGAUGUGGGGACAGCGAUAUAAAUCAGCCAUGCAUAGGAAAGACAGAAUGUUCAGUGUGCCACUCACCUAAAGGUGUUUUAUGUCGCGCUUGUCUCAAGGUUAGAUAUGGUGAAGAAAUGGAAGAAGUCAAAAAGAAGAAGGAUUGGAUGUGUCCACACUGCACUGAAGAGAAAGGAAUUAACCCAUAUUGGAUAUGUAACAGCUCUCUGUGCUUGAAAAAGAGAAAGAUGGCUCCCACUGGAAUUGCAAUCUACCAGGCACGUGCAGAAGGCUAUGAAUCUGUAGCACAUCUCAUAAUGGAUAAACUGAAACAGAAGGCAGUGCGCUGAAAAUCUUGCGGAUGAUCCAUUGAUUACUUUUCCUUUCAGUGACUUAUUUUGUAGUGUGCAAUGAAUCAGAGUUAUACCAGUUUAAACCAUAGAUCAGAAGCAUGAAAUUUCAAAUGGGUCCGAGGCAUUUUGAUCAAAAUUUUGUUGCACUUGAUGAUCCUUAGUGUCUUGAUGCUGAAAAAUAUAGUUAUAGUUUCUUGCACUCAGUGAUAUUCAUCAGUUAGAAGCUUAAUUUACAUAAAAUUACUCAUUGUUUGAUGUCU